AUGUCCGGCAGAGGUAAAGGAGGUAAAGGUUUGGGUAAAGGAGGUGCUAAGAGACACAGAAAGAUUUUGAGAGAUAAUAUCCAGGGUAUUACCAAGCCAGCCAUUAGAAGAUUGGCCAGAAGAGGCGGUGUGAAGCGUAUUUCUGGGUUGAUCUAUGAGGAUGUCAGAUCUGUUUUGAAGUCCUUUUUGGAGUCUGUGAUCAGAGAUGCUGUUACUUACACGGAGCAUGCCAAGAGAAAGACUGUGACUUCUCUAGAUGUUGUGUAUGCUUUGAAGAGACAAGGUAGGACGUUGUAUGGUUUCGGCGGUUGA